UCCGGAUGAAAAACCCAGAAAGAGAGAGAGGAAAAAAAACAAAAAAAUCCCACCGCUGCUGGUUGGAACCGUGCGGAAGCAAACCACCGCGUCCUUCACCUCUUUCUUCUCCAUAAUGAUUACUUUCAGCCAGAUCUGAUCUGAUCUCAAUAUUUCUGUCUCUCCGAAGGAGAGAAGAAAACGAAGACAUUGAUAUUUAUAGCCCGACCGUCACCCAAGAAUGGCCGUCGAUCCCCCGUUCCGUCGAUACUAAUCUCUUCCCUCUCUCGGAUCGCUUCUUCUUCUUGCAUCCCCCCUCCUCCUCCUUGGAGACAUGGAUAUGGCCGUAGAGUCGCCUUCGUCGCUGGCCAACGGCGACUCGUCCGCCGUCUCCACGGCCACCACCCCGGCGGCGGCGGCAGCGGCGGCGUCGCCGCCCUCCUCGCGGAUGCUCCAGCUCGCGGAGUCGCUCAAGCUGGAGCACCAGUUCCUCCGCGUUCCCCUGGAGCACUUUAAGAAGACGAUCCGCGCUCAUCAUCGCUGCGCCGAGAAGGAGGUUUCCGCCGUGCUUUCCAGCGUCGCCGAGGCCGCCGACCGCUCCGAUGCGAUGUCCCGGGAGGCCGCCGUCAACCACCUCAGCUCCCUCGUCUCCCGCCUCCAGGGCCUCAAGCGCAAGUUGGAAGAAGGGAGUAGGGCAGAGAAUUUGCAGGCCCAGAGAUGCCGGGCUCGGCUGGACCAUUUGGAUUCGAUUGACGUCGAAAACUUGACAGAAUGGAGCAACACGAGAUUGAAGCGCAUCCUGGUCGAUUAUAUGCUGCGGAUGUCGUAUUAUGAUGCUGCCAAGAAGCUUGCAGAGACAAGCAAUAUUCAGGAUCUUGUCGAUAUUGAGGUCUUCCUUGAAGCAAAAAAGGUAAUUGAUUCUCUCCAAAAUAAGGAGGUAGGUCCUGGUCUCGCUUGGUGCGCGGAGAAUAAGUCCAGGUUGAAGAAGUCUAAGAGUAAACUUGAGUUUCAAUUGAGGCUUCAGGAGUUCAUAGAGCUGGUAAGAGCUGACAAUAACUUGCGGGCCAUACAAUAUGCUCGGAAGUAUCUUGCACCCUGGGGAGCAACUUAUAUGAAGGAAUUGCAGCGUGUGAUGGCAACUUUGGCUUUUAGGAGCAAUACUGAAUGUCCAUCAUAUAAGGUUCUUUUUGAGCCAAUGCAGUGGGACUAUCUGGUGGAGCAGUUCAAGCAGGAAUUUUGUAGAUUGUUUGGCAUGACCCUUGAACCUUUGCUGAAUAUCUAUCUGCAAGCAGGCUUGUCAGCCUUGAAGACUCCAUUUUGUUUUGAAGAGGGUUGUACCAAAGAAGACCCACUAUCACAGGAGGGCUUCCGCAAAUUAGCCGCACCAUUACCAUUCUCGAAGCAGCACCAUUCUAAGCUUGUUUGCUACAUAACCAAAGAGCUGAUGGAUACAGAGAACCCACCACUUGUUUUGCCAAAUGGCUAUGUAUAUAGUACUAAAGCUCUUGAGGAAAUGGCCAGCAAAAAUGAUGGCAGAGUUACUUGUCCCAGAACUGGUGAAACUUUCAAUUUCUCUGAGCUUGUCAAGGCUUACAUUUCAUAAAUCAGCUGGAGCAAUCCUUUAGAUGAGGAAAGAUAAUUUACUGAUCACUUGUACAAAGCUCCUGAAUCUCGCUUGUUCCAUGGCACAUAGGCACUGUCACUAAACAGAAAUUGAACAGCAGUGGGAUUGUAUGUACUGGAACCAAGAUUUGUGCAAUAUUUUCUCAGUCCGCUUGUCUCAUGUUCAAGAUGAGUCAAGCAGCAAGCUGAAUAUCUUAAUGCA